GUAAAAGCAGUAGAUGGUCUGCGGCACCCGCCAUGCAUUUAUUAACCUAUAUGCCGGUAGGAUGCCCCGGUUGGAAUGCAACGACAUUUCCACGACGCUUACCUGCCGUAACGAGGGCGUGGUUAACAGCUAUUACUUUAUUUACUUUAGAUCAGAACAGAUAUGUAACUGUGUAGCUUCGCCGACGUAUUGUCUGCUCGCUCCAUCACAUCCCAAAGGAUUCCUGAUCGUUAUAAUUCCGGCGAGCAUUUCCAUAAAAAUCAUUCCUGAUCGUUAUCUUCGUGAACAGGUCGGUUUAUUUUUUUCCUGCGUCAUUUAUUAUCUGUAAGGGUACAAAAACGUCAGCAUCUCUAAAGCGCCGCAUCGUCCCUUCCCUUCCAGGAAGCGCAGUAUUUGUUUGACACCGGCUCGUGAGACGCAGAGGGCAGUGGGCAAGGAUAAGACCGGCCACUUCGCCGAAUCUUCGCUUGGCCGACUCCUGUGACUAUGAGAUACCAGUCACUGAGUUAGACGAAUCAAAAGGAAAAAAGCAUGGCCGUGAAAUGUCUGUUCGCUGCAUCACUCCUGUCACGCCACUGCAGCCUGUUCCUCGCUAUCCGUUGUCAGUCGCCUGGGCCCCGUCUACAUUAUGCUUCAAUCUGGACGAGGAAAAAGUGGUUAAACAAUUGACGUUACAGAACAGUAAUACACAUUCGAUCUUCGUCCAAUGUUGCGGGCUAUGGGACAGCACUGCAGCAGCAGCUGCCAGGCUGGGUGCCAGCUGGAAGUGCUACCCUCGCAAGAGGUUCUUGCUGGCCCCGGGUGUGGCGGCAGCGCUCGCCGUGAGCGCCGCGCCUCGCCCGUACGCGUGCCCGCUUCCUUCUGCACAUCUGGCUCUGCAACUGGUGGCGGCGCACAUGCGGGAUAAUGUUGCUGGAUAUUUCAUGGUACCGAUUCAUGUUCAUUUUAAUAAUUAUUUACCCCCUAUGCAAUAUGAAUAA